AGACGUCGAAGCAAUGGUAGAAACAGCAGAGUAUGGAUGAGUGAGACAGAAUCUCUGCUGGGUAAGAACGUAGAACAAUACAUCACCCCACGUACAAAAUGGACGGUCUACUUCUCCAUGGUUCUAUUCGGACUCUCAUCUCUGCUCCCUUGGAACAUGGUCAUCACAGCUACUGGUUAUUUUGCUGCCAAGUUCUCUGAGACUAACAGCACCCAAAUUGAGACGGGGUUCCCCAGUUACUUUCAGAUAGGUGGUAUCGGAUCUAAUGUGGCAUUCAGUCUUUCUUCAAUGGUGCUACUGAAAUACGUGCCGAUAAAGCCUGUGCUGAUCACAUGUAACAUUGUAGCUCUGAUCAUAUUUGUGGUGAUGACUGUGAUGUCCAAACAGAUCACUGUCACGUGGCCCAUGUCCUUCUUUUACAUCUCUAACGUUAUCUUCUGUGUAGCGUGUGCUGUGUCAGCAGCUUACAUCUCCGGGAUGAUGGCAGUUGCGUCCAUGUUAACACCAACAGCAGUGCAAGGCUUCUUCUUGGGUCAGGGUGCUGCCGGACUGUUUGCAACACUCCUCAGCAUCAUCACUCUCUCAAUACCAGGUGCUGAUCCAGUACAAGCAGGGUUCUACUACUUUCUCAUCGCUGCCAUAUCCCUCGCACUGUCUUUAGUUGCAUACCUUCUCUUCAGCAGGAUGAGUUUUGUGAGGAACAACACGAUGCGAAAAGAAGAGAAGAUAGAGGACCAAGCAGGGGCUGAUGCUUCUGACUUAUCUGCCUUUCAAGUCUUCAUGAAGAUCUGGAAGUUCUGCAUCUCAUCCCUGAUAACACUGUUGAUAACUCUAGCGUGUUUCCCUGCUGCCCUCUCUGCAUUGAGAUCCACCAGUACCGACACAACAAGUCGCUGGACAACCACCUACUUCUCCCCAGUCAUGAUCUUCUUGAUAUUCAGCAUAGGAGAUGUCCUAGGCAGAGUAACCUCAAGUCUCCUGCCCUACCCCACCAAGCGCCUCCUCCUCCCCCUCUCCAUCUGCCGUAUUGUCUUCAUCCCACUUCUCUACAUGUGUAACCUUCAACCUCGCUCUCUCACAGUCUGGUUCAAGUCGGAUGUGUGGCCCGCUAUUUUCAACCUCCUCAUGUCCUGGACUAACGGACAUCUUCUUUCACUCUCAGCAGCGUAUGGUCCCCAAGAGGUGGAGACUAAAAGUGCUAAAUCCCUGGCGGGAACGUAUGGGGCAUUCUCCUGCGCUUUGGGACUUGUUAUUGGCAGUGUUCUUGUCUUUCCCUUCCUCGAUAUUUUGAAGAUUUAACCCUGAUGUAAUACAGUGGACAUUGGAGACGAAUCAUAAUUGACCCAGCAGAAGAAAGAAAUGCGUGACAUAAACUGGCCGCAAUAGUACCAAUAAUGUUAUAAAUCAAUUAAGAAUUUGACAUCCGAUAUUAGAGACUAAAAUGACAUAUAAUACUAAUAAAGUAUAAUUGCAGGCAGAAAUUUAUUUCAUAUCGAACAUGCUCGUGUCUUCACGUCAAAUAAAUAUUAUACACUUUGGACGUCACAUAUUAUUCAAUAUCUGGAGAGUGUAUGAUUUGUAAUUUAAUAUAAGAUUUUUCUAAUGAUAUUUUGCUUAUGAGAUUAAUGAUGGGGUAUUAUUUGUCCUUUGUCAAAACGUGUGAAUUUAGCAACUUUUUGAAAUGGUUAAUCUCAUAAUUUUAGAACCGAGUCGAAUAGAAAAAAAUCGCUACACCACUUUUUUAGAUAAUUGUCUAAGGAACUACUGUACCAAACCUCAAGAUAAGGAAGUGACUGGAAUUCUGAACU